UAUUAAUUUCCAUUUUGCAUCAUCGUCUUCUUUAAUUCAAUUCCAUUCAUCCUCUCUCUCUCUCUCUAUACAAUCUCAACUUUCUUCUUUUCUUUCAAUUGGCUUCUACAAAAAAGUUGAAAGAUUUUCUUGUUGAGAUGGCCACUGAGGUAAGUUCUUUGGUCAGACUCAUGAACGGUGGAGACUCAAAUGAGUCAGCAUCAACCGGGAAACCAACGUUCCCGAUCACAAGGGAUUUUCUUGGUGGGUGUUCUACUCUUGACUCUAAAGAGUUGGACCUCGAUUUGCAAGUACCCUCUGGCUGGGAAAAACGUCUCGACCUAAAGUCAGGGAAUGUGUAUCUUCAGAGGUGUAAUUCGUUAAACUCGUCCUCUUCGACUUCCAAAAGUAAUCCUAAGAGUAACGAUAAUGUUUCGAAGCGUCAAGACCUCAAUUUUCCUCCAGUGUCAUUGAACCCUUAUGAUGACGCGAAUUUAGAUUUAAAGCUUGUCUUAUCAUCCUCAAACUCCGUGAAAUCAUCUAAUUAUCAAAGCGUGUGCACCCUAGACAAAGUGAAGUUCGCGCUUGAGAGAGCGGAGAAAGAAUCCUUGAUGAAACAGUCAAUGUCAAAGUCAAAAUCAUCAUCAUCGCAUUCAAAUUCCACGUCCUCUACAAAAGAUAGCGAGACUGAUAAAGAGAAGUCAUCGGCAUCAUUUGCUAGUGGUUGCCCGAGGUGCUUGCUUUAUGUGCUAAUAUCGGAGAGUAAUCCUUUAUGUCCUCGAUGCAACUGUGUCGUGCCGUUGUCUAUGGCUGUCAAGAAACCUCGAAUCGACCUUAAUAUAUCUAGUUGAGGUUUGGAGGUAGAGAGAGAUAGGAAUGAUAUCAAAUAGUUUUUGAACUUUUGUAAUUGUAAUGAUAGAAAAUUGAGAUAUAUGAAAAAGAAUUAUAUAUAAUCAUUUUAAA